AUGCUUAUGACAUCAGGUCAACCUUUUAAAUAUAAAGGAUCAAUCGAUUGCAUAACUCAUGCUAUUCGUAACGAAGGUGUUACUUCAUCAUUAUUAAAAGGAACUGGUGCCAAUAUUGGAAGAGGUAUUGAGGGUGCUGGUGUUUUAGUUGGCUUUGAUAAGCUAGUACAACUUUAUACCGGUACCAAAUUUGAUACUAAUACUAGUGGCAGUGGCUAA